UUUAUGAAAUACUACCUCCGUUUCUCAAAAGAGUUCCUUUUUUGACUUUGGGGGAAAAUAAGGAAGUGUUAAAUUGUAGUUGACUUUCCAAUUUUGCUCUUGAUAUGAUGGGUAAAAGUAAGAUGUGAUAGUUUAGUUGUUAGUGAAAAAGUAUGAUGUGAUAUGUAGGGUAUGAAAAACUAUAUAUUUAAAAUAGGGCGCGAAAGCUCUCACUGGGGAAGAAGCAGUGAGACACCGAGAGAGAUGCCAUCGGCUAGCGAUUGGAUGGAAACAGAUGAAACCGCAAAGCAGUACCUGAGUCGGCUUCUCACGGAUCGUCCUUUCGCCCAUCUUCCGCCACCUCUACACCGCAUUCCCCUCCGAGCCGGCAACGUCGUCGAGAUCGUCGGCCCUUCACCUUCCGCCAAAACUCAGAUUCUCAUACAGGAAAGACUUCUUGUACUCGUACAUAACAUAUUUGUAUGCAUAUAUUUAUGCGAAUAUUGCAUUUCUACUAGUGGUAGACGCAUUUUGAAAGGAUCCAUUGGAUUUCAGGCUUCCAUCAGCUGUAUUCUGCCCAAGGAAUGGAAGGGCGUGCAUUAUGGAGGGUUGGGGCGCCCAGUGGUGUUCAUCGACUUGGAUUGCCGCUUUGAUAUUUUGAUCUUUUCAAGUUCUCUGAAGCAGCACAUACUAGAAGCCAAAGGAAAGAGUAUCCCAAGCAUAAAAGGAGCAGCAGCUAACAUGUAUGACAACGAUUUAGUUGCAGAAAGCAUGAGAAAAUUCAUGUACAUCCGUUGUUAUGAUAGUAUCCAGUUUCUCGCUACACUUAAGACUAUGCACAAUCAACUUCAAAAGGGAAAAGAAGCGCACGGCAUUGGUGCUUAUCUAAUGAUUAUUGACAGUAUUGGAGCUUUUUAUUGGAUGGAUCGUGCUCUUGCUUUCAUGCCACGUGAUAGAGGCAACAGGAAAUGUUUCUCUCUUCAAGGUGUAUCAGAAACUGUGGUUCAAGAGAUUAAGAAGAUUCUUCUGGCUCAUCCAAUGGUUGUCCUAAGUACCAAAACCGUGAGUAUAGAGGAUAAAUACACAUCAAAUGAAAUUGUAAGGAAUGUGGGGAAGUGUUAUGGUCAAAAUUCCUUGGAUGAUUUGAGUGCUAAGAGUAGGUGUCCGAUUCUAUCAUAUCGUGAGUAUAUGCCUUUGGCCUGGCAGUCCUUUGUUUCUCACAGGAUACUUGUGUGCCCUUCAGGUGUGCAUAAAAUAUUUGGAUCUUAACAAUUUCUUGCUCUGUCAAUUGCCUUUGUUAUGGUAUGAAAAUGAAUCUUACAGCGGUCUAAUAUUAUGCCACAGAUGAUCCUUGUGAGAUUAAAAACCAAUCCACUUAUUUCACAGAGUGGGAGUUACCCUCGCUAAGUAAAUCAGAAAAGUUUUUGAUCAAUGAUGACGGUGUAUUUGCUAUAUGAUCAUAUGCAUCCUGGAUUCCUGGUUGCUUGAAUGUGAUCCUGGUGUAGUGCAUAAUUAGUCUGUAAUGGAUCUGUAUUCCUACCAUCUUUUUACUUGAUAAUCGCGGCCUCAGUGUUGAAGAAGAACAUGUGGUCUACUCAGCAUGCCGCAUCAACUUUUUACUCUGACUUCCCAGAAACGCUUUUUACCUUCAACACUACCAUAUCUAUUCUUCCCACAUGCACCCUUGUUAAUUCCACAUCACCAUCGUUGCACAAACAUUGUCGCACGCCUAGCAAAUGCUGGCCACAGGCAGGAAGGACGUGUGUGUCUUGACAACGAAUUUAGUCUUAUGAGUAUUUCUUAGGGUGUUGUAUCUAUCUCAUUUUGGCUAAAUGUACUUUAUUUAUACCCUGUAUUUAAUAGAUAGUUUUGUCUUAU